GCUCACUAUGAAGUGCAGUAAUGUGGGGAGCAGGAAGUGAUUCAGGAGUCGCUGCGGGUUCCGUGGACGUGUCGAUUCCUUGCAUCACUUCCUGCAGCCCGGCUCGCUUUAACUUUAAUAAUAAUAAUAAUAAUAAUAAUAAUAACAGCUUAUAAUCUGCUUGACAGGGUUUAAUGUCAGAGAUGACGAGCUCAGGUGUGGACACGCAGACACUUUGUCUGUUUGAUGUGGACGGAACUUUAACAGCAGCUCGACAGAGAGCCACUCCACACAUGCAGGAGUUCCUGAGUAAACUGAAACAGCGGGUACGAGUCGGAGUCGUCGGAGGUUCAGAUCUGAAUAAGAUCAAGGAGCAGCUGGGUGAAGACGUAAUCGAGCGAGUGGAUUACGUUUUCGCUGAGAACGGUUUGGUGGCCUACAGAUUCGGGCAGCUCCAUUCUGUACAGAGUAUUCAGGCGUAUCUCGGGGAGGAGAUUUUACAGGAUUUCAUUAACUUCUGUUUAGACUACAUGGCCAAGAUCAAACUGCCCAAGAAAAGAGGCACGUUUGUCGAGUUCAGGAACGGGAUGCUGAACAUCUCUCCUAUCGGCCGGAGCUGCAGUCAGCAGGAGCGACUCGAGUUCUUCGAGCUGGAUAAGAAAGAAAAGAUCCGAGAGAAAUUUGUGGCCGUUCUGAAAGAACAGUUCCGGGGGAGAGGACUGUCUUUCUCCAUCGGAGGGCAGAUCAGCUUCGACGUGUUUCCAGAAGGUUGGGAUAAGCGUUAUUGUUUGGGAAUCGUAGAGAAGGACGUGUAUCAGACCAUCUAUUUCUUCGGGGAUAAAACUAAACCGGGAGGAAACGAUUACGAGAUCUACACAGACCCCCGAACCAUCGGCCACGAGGUCACGUCACCCGAAGACACGCAGCGGAUCUGCGAGGAGCUCUUCUUCAGCUGAGUUCUCUCCGAGUUCCUCCGCCGCACGAAGGAAGCGCGCUGAGGCUUCGUGACUUAAACGUCACCUUACUGGAAACGCAGCUGACUCUGAACCUGGUGCUGGUGUUCACCUCCAGUUACUCCUUUAAUCAAGUUUAAAUCUAAUCUCUCUCUCUCUGCACAAUACACACACGCCGCGUUUCAGGAGACCUGGCGUUGAAUCCGUGUGGAAUUUUCUGUUACUAAAACAGUCCACAACGUCGCCGUCUGACUUCGUGUCACAUUUUAAUCCCUCAAAUUGUUGUUUGGUCUUUUGGACUGAUUUGGAAAAAGGACACGGUCGUGAUCGUGCGUCCGUCUCACACACACAGAUUUAUAGAAAUAAAUAAAGUAAAUGUUCUCUCACAUGCCGUAUAGGCCACAAAGCACACGCUUGCAGUCAUACGGUUUAAAAAAAAAGUUUUUUUAAUUAGAAAUAUAAGUGUACAUAUAAAAUGAAAUCCUGGACUGCAACUAUGACUAAAUAAUCAGAACAUAUAUAUAAAAUAAUCAGUAUAUUGAAUAAUCAGUGUAUAAAUAUAAUAAUAAUGAGUGUGUGUAGAUGUGAUUAUGGGGUAAUGUGUGUGUCAGAUUUUAUCAGGUUUGGGAUUUUAAUAAAUAUAUUCAGGAAUGUUCUUUUGGCACGGAAUACGUUGAGGACCUGGGGGUUUAUGGGUUUGGGCUCUGUGUGUGUGUGUGUGUGUGUGUGUGUGUGUGUGUGUGUGUGUGUGUGUGUGUGUGUGUGUGUCACUGUAGAACUCACUACAGCGGUGUGUCAUUUUCUUGAUGUCACGUGGAAGAGGAAUCGAGUCGUUUGCUGCACGUCUGUUGUUGAUUACUGUAAGAGUAAAUGAAUGAAACAGUGUGAUUUGUAUUGAAUUAAAGUUAUUGUUCUUUUUUAUUUUUUCCCCUCAAUUAAAUUUUCAGGUGAUAAAACUCA